AUGUCAUCUUCUCUAAGCAGAAGCUUUGGCGGCUUAUCCGCCUCCCUCAACGAAGAGGUGAUGGUGACCUCACAAAAGCAAGGGAUCAUCUCCCUCCUCCCAACGGGCUGCUCAUCCCCGGCUACUCCUCCGCCGCCAUUAUCCCUCCGCCGGACUCUCUCCGCCGACAUGUCCUCCAACACCUGGCUCAACCGCAACUCCUCCUCCGCCGCCACGCUCAAGAAAAUCGCCUCCUCCAACGAGCUCCGCCUAGCGGCGGACGAGCCGGAGCCGCGAGAUCCGGAUCAGGCGGCGGCGGGGCUGUUUGAUACCUGGAGCGCGAUUAUGUCGGCUCAGAAGGGGAAAGAAGACGACGGCGGCGACAAUCCUCCUCCGCCGUACAUCCACCCUCUCGUCAGGCAGUCGAAGAGCUGUCUGAGCGAGAAGAGCCUCGAGAUCUGCACCGAGAGCCUCGGAUCCGAGACCGGAUGCGACGGGUUUUCGUCCUACCCGGGAUCCGAGUCCGGAGAGAACGAAGAGGAAGUGGAAGCGGCGGCUGUGGAGGAAGCGGAGGAAGAGAACAGAGCGGAUCCUCCGCCGGUGGUGGCGGCGGCGCAGAAAUUCGACAUAGAGGAGGAGGAUAUCCGAAUCGCGAAGCUCAACGCCGGGAAUCUACCGAUCUGCGGCGUCAUGAAGAAGUCCCCGCCUAGGUCGUUUCCUCCGCCGAUCUCUUCCUUGUCCCGCGGCGCGGCGACGGGGAGCCUCCUCAUGAGGCCGCAUCGCGACAAUGGGAGGCUGGUCCUCGAAGCCGUCUCGUUCGCUUCUCAGAACAAUUUCCGCGCUCAGCGAGAGGACGGCCGCCUCGUCCUCACUUUCGUUCCCGAUCUAGAAGAGAAAUCCGCUGAAAUUGCUUCCGACGAGCAGCAAUUCGAGGUCGAAUUGGACAACUCGACUGAAACCCUAGAAACAGAGGAAGAAGAAGAAGAUGAAAUUGAAAUGGAAGAAGAAGAAGAAGAAGAAGAAGAAGAAGAGGAAGUGGAAUUUGUGAAGGAGGAAGCGCCCAAGCUGACAAGUGGGCCGAUGAGUGUACACAGGCUGGCAGUCAUGAUGAACAAGCCCAUCUCCAGAAACCCGACUUGGCCCAAACAAGUGGCCCACCAUGAAGAAGAAGAAGCAGAGGUGGUAACGAAGGCGAUCAACCAUCCACUGACGCAGUCGCUCCCGCCGCGGCCGCCCAGAUCGGCGGCGAAAUCAGCGGCUACAAAGACGGCCGGAGCAGCUACCAACAACCCUUACGAGUGCUACUGGAAGUCAUCCUCCAAGCUGCUGAUGCCAACAUCAGCGGUGGCGGUGGCGGCCGCGGCGGCGGAGCUGGUCGGUCCGAUUACCCAAAACUCGGCGCCAACCAAAAACGUCAACAUCAACGACGCGACCAAAAUCGCGCCACCGUCUUCCAUGGAAAAGGGUCAGCUGCUGGAACAGCGACGGCAAGGGGAACUGGUGGUGAAGCGAGGAGGUGAUCAUUUCGUGCCAUGGAUUAAAGGCUGCAAGGAGCCUAGAAGGUCGCUGCUGUUCUGGGAGCCUCAUUGCAUUGCCACUACCUGA